GUAGCUAGAAGGGCGCCAUACCCGGGUUGCCCCGUGGCCAUCUGAUACAUGUCGCUCCUGUAGCGACUGCCCCGUCAGGACGGAAGGGUAUCGCGGCCACGUCGCCAUUUUCCAUUACGUACUGACGGAUGUCCAUCGCGGUGUCAGCCGUGCAGCCGUCGUCGUCGAGUGAUGUCUGGGACUGGCAGACUGCACGUCGCGGGUCGCAGGAGCGCCGUCGAGCGACACGCCCUUUCGCCAUCGCUCGCGGCAACCUGCAGAACCGUCGGGUAGAUCCCACGACAGGUCUGGAGGCCUGGGAGGGAGGCGGCAGCCAACGCAGGUGUGUCGGCGCCGGGGCGUUGUCGAUGUCUGUGCCGAUGCUCAGCCAUCGCACGGUGGUGGCCAACGCCGCCGGCUCGUCGACGGCAACAACCGUCAUGAACUGUUGA